AUAUGUCUGUUCGUCGGAUUUUUCAAAAUCGAAAUUUUAGUUUUCUCCACUCUUCGGUUUAUUAUGCCUUCAAUAGAGAACAAAGGAGAAACAGAAGAAGAAGAUAUGGAGCAGGAUAGUCCAGAGAGUGAGAAAAGCGAUGAUGAUGAGUCCGAUUCAGGCUCAGCUUCGGAAGAAUCGGAUGAAAGUUCAGAACUGAAUGAAUCAGAAUGUGACUCAAGAAGAAUAGAGCAUCUGGAUGAUAUGUUGGAGUUGGAAAGACAGUUUGAUAACCUAAAAGAUCAAUUGUACACAGAGCGACUGACUCAAAUUGAAUCCAAGCUUGAGGAAGUGAGGGCCAGUCGAGCCCCUGAAUAUCUACAGCCAUUAGCAAGACUCCAAGAAGAGAUGAGAAUAAGAAUAACUGUUGCUGGUAUCCUGCAACAACAUAGAAUUGUAAAUAUAGAAAAUAGAUAUUGUAGUGAAAAAAUAGCAACAGAACAAAAUUAUGCGAGUGAAAAAGAACUAUUAUAUGACUCUGUCAAAAAUGAUUUAGAAGAUAAAAUAAGGAGGUUAGAAGAGGACAGACACAAUAUAGAUAUAUCAUCAGAUUUAUGGCAAGAGUCUCAAAAAUGUCAAAAAAGUAAGCGACGGAAAUCUGACCCAUCAAAUCCAGAUCGCCGACGUAAACCAACUACUGUGUCAGGGCCUUAUAUAGUAUACAUGUUGAAAGAUGUAGAUAUCAUUGAGGAUUGGUCUACUAUUAAAAAAGCUGUGAAGCAAUCUCAGAGAACUAAAAAAGAUAAUAAAAUCCAAAGAGCUGACAAAUACCCUCACACAGCCAGGUAUGAUGACGGCAAGCUGUUUUACGAGGGGGACUGGUACAGUAAAGGACAUCAUAUCAUUAUAGAUAACAAAAAAGAAUCACCAGUACACGCUACAGUGACUGCAAUCAAUACUGGGGAAGUCUGGGUUAAAAGAUUCGAUGGUGAAAAAUCUAAACUUUACAUUGCACAACUACAGAAAGGAAAAUAUACAAUACGUCAUGUGCCAUACUGAAAUCACUCAUAUAUAUUUCAGUGUAAAUUAUCAUUAUACAUCUCCUGGAUUUCGUAUAAACAUUCUGUAUGUUUUAUGUACUCUUCAUGUAUACCUCGACUUUACUAUGUGAGUCAAAAUGCUGUUGGACACAGAAAUACAAUAUUUGAGGAGAGUCACUGAAUAUGCCUAUCAAAAGGAUCCUUUUUGACUGCAACAUUAAAACAUCAAAUUUUAAAAAUUACGAGGGUAAUAAACAUUGUUCUCUUUACCUAAAUAAAUAAAUCAGACAUUCUGCUUUUAUCCAUCAUUGAAAGGAUUGAGUGAGACUCCAAACGAAGGAAGUGAUUUCCCAAAAUACAAUCAAAUUCAAAUUCCCUACCCGCUCUGAGAAAGCUAGUAUUUUCAAGUCCUUACUCACACGAAGAAGUACCAAGUCAAAAUCCCAUCCAAUUAGGAGGUCUCAAGGCAAACCUUUAAAUGGUGCAUUAUGCAAAGCAGAAAUGCAUCGGGAACUUUGACAUUCAGAGAAUAUUGACCAUGUAAACUUCGAAAUUAAGAGACAAACCUAUUAAAAUUCCAUCAAUUGUCACUUUACAUAGAAACUGUAAUGUUAAGACUUAAUUUUGUGGUUCAUUUGAAUAAUGCUACAUAUUACUUAUCACCGUAAUGCAGAUUUACAUUACCGUAAGUUUAUUCAAUUGUCACUGUGACUACCUCACAACUUAUAAUUAUGUAAGGCUAGGGUAAAUAAUAUAUAACAUGUUUAGCAGCUUGCCAUACAUCCAUUUUAAAUAACAUACACAAAUUACAUUUAUAGGGAAAGUAAAACAUGAUUGUAUGUUUAAUCAAUUUUGACAGAAAUAUUUGUCAUAUUUUACACAAUUAUUCUGUUGAAUAUCUAAAAUGGACAAAAAUCUUCCCUCUAUCCUUCAAAAAAAGCUAAACAUGAAUUUUUAUUUACUUUAGCCUUAAAAAAAUGUGUAAAUUCUUUAGUAUAAAAUAUGGAUUUUUUCUGAACCAUGAUUGCAUUAAGAAAAUUCUCAGAAAGUUAGAAAUAUCUAUGACCAUUUGAUGGACCAGCAAACUUAUGCGUGUAAUAUUCUUGUAGAGUUAUCACUAGCCAGAGUACAUUGUUUGGAUGCAGUUUAAUUUACUACUUAUUUCUUAAAAAUGCAGACUGACCCUCAAAGUCAACAUAUUUUAGUUACUUAUCCUACUUUGAAAUGAUAAAGUUAUGAUAAGAAAUUGAUCAGUGUUGAAUAUUUGACCAAACAUGUAAGUUAUGUGAGCAGUAGAAAAAUAAAGAUAAGUGUUAUUAUUCUGAGGUUGGUCUCCCGGCCCAAUUAAAGUAUUGACAUUAGGGUUGGUCUGCAUAUUUAAUCUAUUAUUGUUAAAGAUCAUAUUAUAAUGAAGGUAAAUUUUAAAUGUUUGUGGGAAAAGUUAUUUUUUAAAUAUCACAUUGUACAUAUGUAUGUAUUGUAAAUAUUGUAUAUUUCUAAAAUAAAGGAAUAUGAAUCUAAUAG